CCUAUCAACAGACCAUCGUACUUAAGUAGCGAACGUUCCACGACAGACGCAUCUAAAUCAGAUCAAACCAAGAUCCUCUCUUCACACCCAUCCCGGAGAAUUCCCCAUCUGCCUACCACCCCGACCAAAAUGUUCUCCAAGUCCAUCCUCGCCACCACCCUGGCUCUUUUCUCCUCUACCGUUGUCGGCCAGCUCAUUAAUAUCGAAUACGGCUACAGCCCCUCCGGCGAAACCUACACCCAGCAGCUCCAACUAAAGGAGUUCACCAAGCUGGAGUACCCUGGCACAUACACAUACUUCUCCAGCCCCGAUCCUUGCGAUCUGUACAGCAACGCCGUCAGCGACCCCGCGUACUUUGGUGCCGAGGGACAGACGUAUUUCGAUCAGACGUACUUGGAGUAUGUGUACUGCUAUGAGUCUUAUGAUUAAAAUUUCUUGGCCCGUGUAUAGCUAUGGGAGGGAGACUAUGAUGGGAUAGGUAAUGGAUAGAUGAGUUUGUUACAUAAACAAUGAUGUGGGAUGGGGC